AUGAGUGGAGGGUAGGAGCAGCGUGUAGCGCGCGCCGCUUGGACGCCCGCCGCUGCAGGCCAACAGACGAAGCCGCGGCGGCCGCAAGGGCAGCGCGCCGCGCGCAACGCCCGCUCGCUGCUCCUGCUCGUCGCUUCGCCCCCCUCAGCCACACGCUCUCGCCGCCGGCCCGCGGCUCGGAGUUAAACCGUCGCCCGCCGGGGGCAACCAGCCUGCCGCCCGCUACUGCUGUGCUGCUGCUGCAAAGCCUGGGGAGUCCGGCGUCGUCACCGUCGAAACCGCGGAGCAGCCGGUGUCGCAGAGCAGCACACGUCGACCGGGGUUGGUUACGAACAAAAAGUUCAUCCUUCCUCGUCGCUGUCAAAUUUCUUGCUCAUUCCGACCCAUUGGUGUCGGGUCAUGGGACAUCUGGCAACGUUGCCGAAGGAAGAUUGAGUUUUGCUGAUUGAGCGUCAUCGCUGCUGGCUACCCACGCUCAACGCUGCAGUGCCCUGGACGGCGCGGUGCACACGACGGCGCGAUGCGUGCUGCCGCCCUGUGGGCGGCGGCGGCUGCGCUCGUCACCCUGCUGUCGUCUGCGCUGCUUUUGCAGACGACGCUGCUGCUACCGGCCGCUACGCAGGCAUCGGCGAAUUUCGUGCAGCAGAACCUGACAUUCGGUGCCAUCUUUCCGGACACGUCGCUGCUCAGCCAGCAGCGAAAGUACCAACAGAAGUUGCGCGACGGCGUCUCCUCCAUGACCCGCGGUGGCCGUGGUGGCCUGCGUUUCAUGCAGCUGUUCUCGGUUCACGCCAAGGCCGUCCGGAUGCCACUGCAACCGACGCCCAAAGACAUUCUGCGUCGCUUGUGCGAAGACCUGCUCCCAGAUGACGUUGUGGCCGUGCUGUACCUGACCAACUCUGCCGUGUUUGGAAGCAACGCGGCCUCGGUGCAGUACGUGCUUCAGCUUCUCGGGUACCUUGGCGUUCCCGUCAUAGCCUGGAACGCCGACAACAUCGCUCUCGACCAGAGGGCGUCUCAGGCGCGAGUCCUACAGCUGGCGCCAUCUGUGGUUCACCAAGUGGCGGCCAUCUUCGCCAUCCUGGAGCGCUACUCAUGGUACCAGUUCGCCGUCGUCACCACCAAUCUCGGAGGACACGAGGACUUCGUCCGCGCCGUCCGGGACCGGCAGUUGGAGAGCAGUACGCUCAGGGCAAAAUACUCGGUGCUGGAGAUUCGCACCAUUCGCGGCCGCACUCGCCAGGAGUUCCGCCGGCAGCUCGAGCCCGUCGCGGCCGGCGAAGCCCGCGUGAUCCUGCUCUUUGCCAGCAAGGACGACUCACGCGAGCUGUUCGCCGCCGCCUCGCAGCUGGGGAUGACCGGCAAGAACUACGUAUGGAUUGUCACCCAGUCCGUCAUCGGAGCCCACCCGGGAAUCGCUCCACCUGAGUACCCGGCAGGUCUGCUCGGCAUUCACUACAACACUUCAUUAGCCAAGCUUCACGACGAGAUUGAACGCGCCGUGCUCGUUCUCGGACACGGCCUCGAGCUCUUCGUCAACGAACCUGCCAACGCCAACGUCACGCUUGCUCCCGGACUACGCUGCUACGAGGCCGGAAGAGCCCACUGGGCGCAGGGGGACAACUUCUUCCGUUACCUGCGUAACGUGUCCAUUGAGACCAAGGGCAGUCCAAACAUCGAGUUCCUUCCCGACGGUACGCUCAAGUACGUCGAGUUGGACAUCCUCAACCUUAACAAGGAAGGAUACUGGGACAGAAUCGGGGGCUGGACGCAAAAGGGUAUCGAUAUCAAGGACAUCGUCUGGCCAGGAGAAGAACUGGUUCCGCCAAAAGGAGUCCCGGAGAAAUUCAAUCUAAAGGUGACGUUCAUGGAGGAGCGGCCUUUCCUGAACAUCGGCCAACCGGACAACGAGACGGGCGAGUGUGAGAGCGGCCGAGCCGUCAAGUGCCGUGUGGUGCCAGAGGCGAUGUUACAAGGGAUCAACGAUACUGCUGCUCGCAAAAACUCCACAUUCUACAAAUGCUGCCUCGGAUUCUGCAUAGACCUCCUGCAAAAGUUCGCCCAGGACUUGGGAUUUACCUACGACAUUCACCGGGUGGAAGACGGCACCUGGGGUGUCAAGGACAACGGUACAUGGAAUGGAUUGAUCGCCGAGCUCCUUGAGGGCAAGGCUGACAUUGUGGUCACUUCAAUCAAGAUCAACUCUGACCGCCAAAUGGCGGUGGACUUCACGGUGCCCUUCCUUGAGACUGGAAUCGCCAUCGUGGUAGCCAAGCGGACUGGCAUCAUCUCACCUAAGGCCUUUCUCGAACCUUUCGACACUGUGUCGUGGCUGCUCAUCCUGCUGGUGAGCAUCCAAGUGGCCGCAUUUUCCAUCUUUGUCUUCGAGUGGAUGAGCCCCUCCGGCUACGACAUGCGGAUCACUCCUCCCAGAGAGCAUCGGUUCUCGCUGUUCCGCACCUACUGGCUGGUGUGGGCCAUCCUGUUCGGAGCGGCGGUGAACGUGGACUGCCCGCGCGGCUACACAGCCCGCUUCAUGUCCAACGUGUGGGCCAUGUUCGCCGUCGUCUUCCUGGCCAUCUACACGGCCAACCUGGCCGCAUUCAUGAUUACCCGAGAGGAGUACUACAACCUCGUCGGCAUCGAGGACCACCGGCUGCAAAACCCUCAGCAGGUGGAGCCCCCGUUCCGUUUCGGGACCAUCCCGCACGGAAACACGGAGGCUGUGCUUAAGCAGAACAAGCCCAAGAUGUACUCGUACAUGCGGCAAUUCAACCGGUCCACGGUACUCGAAGGCAUUCGCGCCGUCAAGCGCGGAGAGCUGGACGCCUUUGUGUACGACGCCACAGUGCUGGACUACCUGGUCGGUCAGGACGACGAGUGCCGCCUGCUCACCGUGGGCUCGUGGUACGCCAUGACGGGAUACGGAUUCGCGCUCCCGAAAAAGUCCAAGUACCUGCAGAUGUUCAACCGACAGAUGAUCGAAUACCGGGAACGCGGAGACCUGGAGCGUCUCCAGCGCUUCUGGCUACAGGGUGCCUGCAAGCCGGACAAGGCAAAGCGCAACGCGAGCAACCCUCUGGACGUGAACCAGUUCAUGAGUGCAUUUCUCCUACUGGGAUGUGGAGUGUUGCUCACCUUGCUGCUGCUACUCCUGGAGCACCUAUACUUCCGGUACCUCCGCGCCCGGGUGGCCUCGGGAAGCCGGGGGCCUUCGGGCCGAUGGCUGGCCCUCAUCUCUCUGAGCAUGGGCAAGUCGCUGAGCUUCCGCGAUGCCGUGUACGAGGCUCGAAAGCGACACCGCUGCAGAGACCCCGUGUGCGACACUCAAUUGUGGAAGGUCCGCCACGAGCUCGACCUCGCGCGCAUGCGCGUCAGCCAGCUGGAGGCACAGCUCGGAAUACACAGGCCACCGUCGACAGUGCAGGAGCUCCUGCGGUCUCGGGAGGGGACCAACAACCGGGUGACACCGUCGGAUUCCAGGGGUGGGCCCGUGGCGCUCAUCCAGCGAGAGAUCACCGAGAAGGAGACCGUGUUAUGAUGCCGCACAACGGACACGCACACGUGACAAAAAAAAAAAGCGCCGCUUGCCAACAACCAUCUAUAUUUGCAUAGAGACAGACAAACUAGCGCGGAAGCACAACACGCGCAGACGCACACGUGUCGGUGCAUCACGCGGGCGGCGGCGUGGUAGCUGGCGACCUCUGGGGGCGAUCACCACCGCCAUCGUCGCUGCCGCCUGGCGACGAAAACCGGCAGCGCCACCAGCGGUCCCGUACAGGUCUGCGUGCCGCGAACGGUAUAGCGAGCCUGCGGGAUGUAUGACCGGCCUUGAUCCGCUAUGCGGUUGGACCCAUGUAAAGGAAUGGUAAGAGACCACAGGAAAAAAGGUGUACCAGAGAAUAUUGCACUGCCUUCGUUUGACCGCCGAAUGUUUAUCACGUGAUUGGGCACUUUGUUGUUGUGAUUACGCUGAUGUCUGUUUUGUGGAGAAAAAAAAAAUGAAGGGUACGUGCAGUCACGCUCAGUAGAAAUCAGGAUAAAUGUUUUAACGCCCGACUGACUGCUAUGUUUGAGUUCAUCGAACCCGACACGUGUGAUCAAGGUAGACAUGCAUGGGAAGAACAAAUCGAGGCCCACAGCUUUAUAAUGUGGCAAACACUGAGAAGAUGCUCGGUUUAUGUAAAUUUGUUCUUAAGGUGAAGCUUUAGCUCGGGACCAACUUCGAUGUCGCUAUUCAAAUACAGGUAAAAAUCAGAAAUGCUUUCAUGAGACAACCACUGGACUGAUUUGGUUGAAUUUUGUUGCAUUUUAGAAAUAUAUAUUCUAGUGACUCUAUGAGGCAUACCUUUGAUUUAGGGCGUAUUAUGUCUUACAAAAAUUUCCGUAAAAUGUAAAGUUAAAAAGCAUUUAGGCACAAAGUUCACAGAUUUGUAACUGUACACCAACAACUUGAAUCGAAGUUCUGUAAAUUAAAGCCGACAAACUUAAUAUUUUAUUGUACAGAUUUUGUGAGAUUGUUGGGUUGUUUACGAAGAUUUUGCAAAAGGCCUACUCACGAAUUAACGGUAUAUUUCAGAGUAGCGUAUAUUAAAUCAAUUGUGUCCUCUUUAGCAUAUUAAUGUGCAAUGCAGAGAAUUGUGGUGCCGUACUUUAUAGCCGAGAUACGGAGUUAUAAACUUGUCGCACUGGAGCUUUUUAUUUCUUUUCGAAUUUUCGAAUACUGAAAUGUUCUGAAAAGCAAAUGUCGGCCUAAAUAAAAAGAUAUGCUUGUUACCGUCACUAGAUUCUAACUUUGCCUUUUAAACGCAACAAUCAUCAUAAGUAUUGGUGCAGUAGUUGCUGAGGAAAACGAUUUCUCCUUUCUGUGUUUCGUAGAUGUUCCCGAGCUAAAGCUUUUUUUCUUACUGGCGCAAUCGUCAGAACUGUGUCACGUUGCCCCGUGCUUUGUUUCUGGUCACUCGUGCAAUGAGCACGUCGAGCGGAUAGCCCGCUCACAUGUGAUUCGCAGUAUUGCAGUGGCCAAUGAUAUCGGUGAAGGCAGCGGAGCGGAGAAAGUGGUGAACAAGCCUGCAACCUGUUGGUCUGUGUGAAGGUUUAGUUCGCCGGCUCGCACGUCCUGGCGGGCUUGCGCCUAUGUGCCAUCAACAUCUUAGUGCCAUUCUUACCGCGCCGGCUAUGUUUCUCUGGAUCGUGCCAAUGACGAUGCCUUCAAAGUACACGGUGAGAUACUCGAAGGAUAUAUACGGGGCUGACAGCAACGCUGAAAAGAAGAGAAAAUGCAAAAUGACGAUGGCACAAGUAAGAAGAGUUGAAAAUACUGCUUCUUCGCGUUAAAUUUGUGCGAAAAGUUUGCUUCAUCAAUGCGUCUAAAAGGUUACAGAAAAUAUGCCGCAUCAUAUGCGCAAUGAAAUACGCUGUUUGUUGAGAGAAAGCAAAAGCAACAAAAAUUUAGAAUAAUUAGUGGCAGAUCGGGACCUCUCUUUAUUCAUUUAGUGAAGUAAUUGGCAAGCGUCUUACAUAAGCCAGAAAAAUAUUGAAUGAUAAAGUGGCGUGCCUCCAUGGAAAGAAAGGCAAUAGUUCCAAAAUGCUACUGUAACAUUACAAUUCAAACUUUGAUUGGUUAACAUAAGAGUUUUCAACCGUUGGUAUCUGUAGACAUAGGGCACAAGUGGAGCACGGGCCCGGAGGCUUCAUUGACGUUUAAGCAUAAUCUGUUUUUCUCAGUACACGGAUCAAGACAGCGAGAAAACAGGGAGUUACGGAAAGGCAAAGCCCAUGUACUUUUAUUUCAUACUUUGUUGACGCGCACUCAUAUUCAAAGAAAUGUAUUGUCUUUGAACGCACUAUCGAGACGAUCGGAAGUAUUGCCGAACGCCGUACUUCAGGCCAUCAGAACCUGCCGCUGUAGCUUAGUGGUUAUGGCGUUACGCUACAGAGCCCGAGGUGGCGUGUUCGAUCCCGUGACCACGUUUCGAUGAGGCCGGAACGCGAGAACGCUUGUGUACCGUGCACUGUGUGCACGUUAAAGAGUUCCGAAUGGUCAAAAUUAGUACGGAGUUCUCCGCUACGGCGUACCUCACAACGAGAUCGUGGUUUUUGGCAAAUAAGAACUUGGCUCUACAACUUAAAAAUAACUUUCUGGCAUCAGGCACUUAUAGAAGUUCAGCGAAUAUUGGGGACUCCGGUGAAAUUCGCCGAGAUCGAAACUUUUUGGCAGCAGCAGUUUUAUCCAACGGAGAAACACAUUUUAUGUUGUAAAUGCACCGUAUUUAGUCGACGUUAACUAUGGAAUUAGACUUGUGAAACCAGGCUGUAGCAUCAAUUGAAGCAACGCUGCUUUACUUUUAUUUAUCCGACAGUCGCCACGUCUUUCAUCACACGUGUUUUUACCGAAUGAAAUAACAUCUCAAUCAGCAAAAUGAACGUUGUUUUUUGAACAAACGUCAGAACCGCCAAGUUAUUUCUAUGCUGAACAACGUUUUGCAGAAGAGAGAGGAAUUUCAGGCCAGAAAUUAUGUCGGGCGGCUUCUGUAGUUUGUUACAUAGUCGGCAUAGUUUGGGCUGAGACGUAAUUCCGAAUAAGAAUCUGUUAGCCACGCCACUAUAUUUAAUACUGUGAUCGCUGUGGCAUGCUUAAUAUUUUGGUGCUCAAGACAAUAUAAACAGUAGAAAUAUUCAUAUUUUAAUUGCAGGCUUUAGUGACUGGCGUACGCUCCGUAAGGUAAAACAUCACAUCUUCCAAAACGAUUUUUUUUCCACGCAAGUAAGCAGUGGUCCAGUAAAAAUUGACUUAAGCAUCAUCUGUAACAUAGCUGAGAGAAAAGAACGGCUUAAUAAAACGGUGCCUGGUAAAGGAGAUAUUGCUUAGUAAAAUAUUUCUGUUUGCGGUACUAAUGGAAUUCAUUCUGCAAAAUGGAGGCAUCGCACGCAUAUCCACUUUUUUUCUUGAAUACUAAAAUGUACGUUCAACGCGCGCCAUAACCCGGGUACUUACAACACAGAAGUAGUGCGACCUCACGCCAAACGUCACAAAACCGCAAGUAUUUGUGUCGAAUGUCUACAAAUUCGCGCAUAAUACCGCAUGAAAUAUUGAAGCAGAACUUUUUCGUACGCUACCGCGUGAUGUGUGUUGAAGUUCGGCGGCGUACAGUUGUUGAACAGGAUAUUCCCUGACAGCCGGCGUUUGCCCAAGACACCCCACUCGCUUCAGACUGUAUCGCAGGAGCCGAAAAUUACAAGCUAUUAAAAUCUUCGAAGAAUUCAAAAAUCACUCAAAGCCGUAAGUGAUCUUUUCAUGCUUAGCUGUCAUACCUGCUAAAGAGCCAGUGAUAUUACAAGGGGUAGCGUAAGGUUAAGAAGAGAGAGACGCCUAGUUUUGCGACGUGAAGAACAACGCACUGGUUCAUGCACGGGAGAAGUGAUCAGCGUUGACUGUAACUGAAGUCACCGUGCAGUAUAUGGAUGUUGAUAACUUUGUUGUUGAGCUGAUGACAGCAAAAUAUUAGUUGUAUUACAGACUUCUGUAAGCGCAGCUGACUAGAGCACAGACAAUUUCGAGGGUGGUCAGGAGGCAGUUGUAGUUUAGAAGACCCUUGAAGGGAGGAUGGAGCUGGAGAGGAGAGACACCUUCCACCCGUUUGUAGGGUAGAAAAUUGUGUGAAGAAAUCAUGAGUGUAGGCUGGUGUCGUGACUGCUCAAAGUGCGCGUGUAAGCAGCGUAGUGUGAAUCGCAAGAGCUUAUUAUACGUCACGUAGUAGAUGAUUCUUGUUUUUACAAAAAGCUACCUAUUAUCUCUAGUGAAACGAUUGUCAAAUAUCAAAGUUCUCGCCAUAUAACGAAGCGCGCCUUAUGGAUCGCUAAAGCUUGGUGUGGUUGCUUGGAAAAUGUGGACAAAGUGCACAGUUACGCUGCAGUAAAACGUAUUAGGUUGUUCUUUCUGGAUUAGAUCCGUGAGCAAAGAAAAGUUAUAUUUCCUCAAGAAACGAUAUCCGAAGACACGUCUUAAGAUAUUUUAUUGCAUUUCCGAUCACACGAACCUUAAUUUAUUUGCAAUUGUCAUGACGGAGUAAUAAAGCACAGAAGAAUACUUCUGAGGAAAACCUCUCAUGGACCAAUUAUCUAUAGACUACUUUCUUGGCGAGGGGCCUAGAUAUCAGAAAUUGUCAUUCGCAUGCUCAAUUUUAUAAAUUAAAGUUCAGAUACAGUUGCGCUCCAAAAGCAUUCGCCUCCUUACGUUCUUUUAGGACUUCUACACUAUAGCGCAGCCACAAAAAAUGUUUGUGCUAUUGUAAUAUGUUGUGCGUUUGAAUGUGUCUCUACACCAUAACAUAAAUACACGUGUUUUGACUACUAUUAUAGGUCGAAAGAUUGCGAAAUAUAUAUGGACUCUGUAUGGAUUCAGUAGCGCUAGCAUGGACGCCAUGUUGAUUAAUAAGUUUAAUAUAAGAGCGCCUCUGUAAAGUUACAUUGUAUUGGAACAAAAUUUCUGUGUUCAUUGUUUGUGAGCGACUACAAUGUAAACCGCCACUUCUUGUGCGUGUAUUAGGAGAGACGGCCACGUCUACGUAAGGCUAAGAUAGUUACGGCCAAUUUUGAAAAUAGGAAAUUAAUAAACUUCGACUGGUUGUUCUUGUGUACGCUGGACGCUGCAAUACAGUUUAGCCUUCUUCAGUCGGUUCAACUAUAGCUAGAAGCUGACAACCAAGUCACCGGUCGGGCACUUCCUGUACUAAAACAAAUGAUCAGAAGAGCAGAACAUAGUUUGUACUAAGUUAUGCACAAAAAAAUGUCGUUUGAGAUUUGAAGAACGCAAUGUGAGAAGCUUUGUCAGUGAAGAACAUGUUUCCGUGACACUAUAAAAGGCCGGCGUGUUAACUAGGUAUCAGUCCAAAUCAGCAAUGCAGCAAGUGCCACUUUGCGAUAAAUUAGUAAAUAACUAUGUAAUUAUAGUUUAGGGAGAGAAGUUAGCUACUGCCUGGUGCCGUCGAACAAUUAGCACAGCAUGUGAAAGGAGAUGAAAAGACAUAUAAGCUCAAAAGAAUUAUGUAUACAUUGCCAUUACGACACGAGAUAAAUCUAUUAUGUACAUAAGGUCAUGUGUCUUACGUUUACAUAUAUAUACGUGUAUAAACGUCACUAAAUAUAUAUUAUGCUCUACACGCAGAGGACAACAACACACCAAAGUGUGAUACAAAAUAUUAAAAAAAUAUAUGACAUUUGUUGACGUUUGUGGCUUUUAGCCUAUAGAUGGCGCCAUUGGCGUUAAUAUUGGCGGCCACGCUUAGAUGCGACUGCUCACAGCCUGUUCGUGUCUAGAGCUGCAUACUGCCCAUGUGUGAUGUGAUGUUCGGAGGAAAAAUAAAAAGAGAAAAAAACCUAA